UCUUUCAAGUGUUUUAGCUUUCAAUUCAUUUGCAUUCUCUCAAUCCUUCAAAGAAAUCAAUAACCAAAAAUGGCUGACAACACCCAGAAGAUGAGCUACAAAGCUGGUGAGACCAAAGGCCAAGCUCAGGAGAAGGCCAGUAACUUGAUGGACAGAGCUGACAAUGCUGCUCAAUCUGCAAAGGAAUCAGUGCAAGAGGAGAAGGCCAGUAACUUGAUGGACAGAGCUGACAAUGCUGCUCAAUCUGCAAAGGAAUCAGUGCAAGAGGCUGGUCAGCAAGUGAGGGCUAAGACACAAGAAGCUGUUGAAGGAGUAAAGAAUGCAACUGGCAUGAACAAGUGAAACUGGAUCGAUGGAGUCCAAUCAUCGUCUGCUGCGUGAAAUUUAGAAAUUAAAUGCAAUAUUCAUCUAUUCAGCACGGUUUUUUUUUUUAUUUGUUUCCGUCUUUCCUUUUGUAUAAAGAAGAGAGCUCUUUGAUAUGCAGUUCUCUCAUGAGU